AUGUCUUUGUCAGGCUCUAGCGCUGUCUUCCUUAUCAGCCAGGGGUCGGCUGAUUCGUACACCAGUAGACCGUCGGAUUCCGACCUGUCAGCAGAGGAGGACCGUGAGGCGUAUCGGCGUGAAGCCGAGCGCCAGGCACAACUACAGCUGGACAGAGCUAAGUCCAAGCCUGUAGCAUUUGCAGUGAAGACGAAUGUGAGUUACUGUGGAGCUCUGGAUGAGGACUGUCCUGUCCAAGGGGCUGCAGUCAAUUUUGAUGCCAAAGAUUUCCUGCACAUUAAAGAAAAGUACAAUAAUGACUGGUGGAUUGGUCGACUGGUGAAAGAGGGAGCCGACAUCGCCUUUAUUCCCAGCCCUCUGCGACUGGAGGCCAUGAGACUCAAGCAGGAACAGAAACAGAGGAAAACAGGGGGGAACUCCUCAAGUUUAGGCGACAUGGUAACUGGGAGCUGGAGGACCACGCCGCCAUCUGCAGCUAAACAGAAGCAAAAACAGGAACAUGUCCCUCCCUAUGAUGUGGUGCCCUCUAUGAGGCCGGUGGUCCUCGUGGGACCAUCUCUGAAGGGCUAUGAGGUAACAGAUAUGAUGCAGAAAGCUCUCUUUGACUUUCUGAAACACAGAUUUGAAGGAAGAAUCUCAAUCACCCGUGUCACUGCCGACCUAUCUCUAGCCAAGAGAUCUGUCCUGAACAAAAGACCCAUCAUGGAGAGGUCCAACACUCGUUCCAGCCUAGCGGAAGUCCAGAGUGAGAUUGAAAGGAUAUUUGAGCUGGCCAAAACCCUGCAGCUCGUGGUGCUGGACGCAGAUACCAUCAACCAUCCCGCACAGCUAGCCAAAACGUCCCUGGCACCCAUCGUCGUCUACGUUAAAGUCUCCUCGCCAAAGGUGCUCCAGAGGCUGAUUAAGUCCAGGGGGAAGUCUCAGAGCAAGCACCUGAAUGUGCAGAUGAUGGCUGCAGACAAGCUUUCCCAGUGCCCCCCUGACAUGUUCGAUAUUAUUUUGGAUGAGAACCAAUUGGAGGACGCUUGUGAGCACUUGGCUGAAUAUCUAGAGGUCUACUGGCGUGCCACUCAUCUACCUGGCACCACCCCUCUUAAUCCUUUAUUGGAGCAAAAUCUGAUGACCCCGCCCUCAGCCAUAUCUAGCCUACAGGAGGAGGAGGAGGAGGAGGAGCCAGGGGAGGAAGCCCACUCUCCCUUGGAGCAGGACAGUCUGAUGCCAUCUGACGAGGCCAGCGACUCCCUGUCUCGCGGCCGGAGAGGGAGCCCGUGCCACAGGGAAGGUGAGGGGGACGAGGAGGAGGACGAAGAGGAUGAAGAGGAAGAGGAGGACGAGUAUACAUCCCCUUGCCAUGCUCACACAUACAGAGACAUGUACCCUUCGCACCGUGGGCACACGAGCAACGUCCACAGUGCCAAUGGGCACGAGUCACAGGACAGGCUGCUCCAACGUGACGCUCAGCAGGGCCACAACCAGAGGAACAACCGCCAGCGCAGCCGCCCAUGGCCCCGAGACAACUACUGA